AUGUAUACAAAACCAACCACAGUGAUAUCGACAAAAACAGCGUCAGUAACAGUGCCAAGUGGAAAGCAGUCAGUAACAGUACCAAGUGAAAAUCAGCCAGUAACAGUACCAAGUGGAAAUCAGUCAGUAACAGAACCAAGUGGAAAUCAGCCAGUAACAGUACCAAGUGGAAAUCAGUCAGUAACAGUACCAAGUGGAAAUCAGUUAGUAACAGUACAAAGUGGAAAUCAGUCAGUAACAGUACCAAGUGAAAAUCAGUCAGUAACAGUACCAACUGGAAAUCAGUCACAAACAAUACCAAUUGGAAAUAAUUCAGUAACAGCACCAAGUGGAAAUAAGUCAGUAACAUCGAAACGUAGAAAAAUAUUUAAAAAAAAAGAAGGGUUCAUACCUAAUCAUAUAAAUGCCUACAACUUGUUUAAUUUUCUUUAUAUUUAUCCGGUUUAA